AGAAAGGCGACGACCAUCUCUUACGGUGGAUCUUCACUACCGCCUGUAUUGCCCUCUUCUGCAUGCAACUGAAUGAUUUUGACAUUAGAAAAGCGUCAGGGACGGAGGUAGUUUCCCGCUUCCUCCACCUACCCGUUCGCCUUCUCAUAUUAUUUACCUAAUAAAUAGAGGUUCCAUGUAAUGCUGGCACAAGCUGUUGCCGGAACGAUAGCCGGUUGCGUGGGAUGUCAGGCAGGGGUCGAGUUGCUGCAGAAAGAAGUGAAAAAUAGCCUGAAUCUUUUGACUUUGGCAACAUGUGUAUUCGUAUCCUUGCAAGGCCUUAUAUUUCACUCAAAAAUGUUGACAGUUCGACAGGAAAUCCCAACUCGGGUAUAUCUCAAAAUCGUAAUUAUCUUCUUCAUUGUGAAUCUCUGCAAUAACACUGCUAUCAAAUGCGAUAUAUAUUUUCCAUUAUUCAUUAUUUUCAAGUCGGGUUCAUUACUUGCAAACAUCUUGUUUGGACUUCUUUUGAGAGGUCAUAGCUAUACAACAAGGGAGAUAUUUUCUGUAUUCGUUGUUACUGGUGGCAUUGUUAUUUUCACUUUGGCUAGCUACGAGAACAAACCAUCAGAUCCAAGCUCUACAUUUGACUUUUUUGGAAUACCGCCGUUCUUUAUAGGAGUUGCAUUGCUCAGCAUAGCACUGAUGUUGAGCGCAUAUCUGGGAGUUUGUCAAGAGGAAAUGUAUGCAAGAUAUGGCAAGCAUGCUAAGGAGUCGAUGUUCAUGGUGCAUACUCUUUCUAUACCUGGAUAUGCGUUACUUGGUGGAGAAAUUAUCCAAGCUUUUCAUGCUGCUAAUACGACUGAGCCAUUUUCUCUUCUCGGUUACGAUCUGAUAGUUCCUACGGCAUGGGUAUACAUCGUUGGGAUAUGUGUUUUACAAUACGUGUGCAUUGACAAUGUCUAUCGCCUUACUGCGCUUACUACCUCACUAAAUGUAACUAUGGUUAUAUCAGUUCGGAAGUUUCUCUCGUUGUUUGUUUCAUUUGCAGCUUUUGGCAACCCUUUCAAUAUAUUCCAUUUUUGUGGUGCAUUCUUCGUUUUUGUUGGAUCACUUAUGUUUUCGAAAGUCUUAUAGCUUUUCUAGCGGAUCUCG